AUGACUUUAGAGACAGGAUUCCUCCAGAUGCUACGGACGAUCAGCGAUAUUGCUCAACCAUUCUGCGGACGUCCUAUCUUGACUGCUGCCUUAUCUAUAUCAAUACUUCCAGUGGUGUACUACGCUCUCUACGCAGUCUACAGCAUCACCCUCCACCCGCUUGCGAAGUACCCUGGGCCAAAAGUGGCAGCCGUAACCCGUCUGCUGUAUUGCUACCACCUCAUUUCCGGCAGACUAGUCGAUUUCCUCCACCAGGCACAUGAAAAGUAUGGAGGAAUAGUGCGGGUCGCCCCCAACGAAGUCCUUUUCACCUCGAGCCAAGCAUGGAACGACAUCUAUGGCUUUCGGCAGGGUGAGCCUGAGAUGAGCAAAGAUACACCAUUAUACCGAGGGUUUCAAGGACCUCCAACGAUCGUCGAAGCGGACCACGACCUGCAUCGCCGGUAUCGACGUAUACUAUCGAAAGGGUUUUCGGAGGCGGCCUUGCGAGAGCAGGAGCCCAUUAUACAGCAGAAGAUCGACAUUCUAAUCAAACAGCUUCAUGCUGAGGUAGCUAACGGUGUUAGACCGGAGAUGACAUCGUGGUUCAAUUUCUUUACGUUUGACCUAAUUGUAGAGCUUACCUUUGGCGAAUCCUUUAAAUGUCUGGAGAACGCGCAGCUGCACCCGUGGGUACUCAUGAUAUCCCAGUCGAUAAAGUUCAGGAUAUUUACUCAAGCACUGGGAUACUAUCCAUUACUACUGAAGCUCUUCUCGCGAUUGAUCCCGAAGUCCUACCGGGAUGCACUCAUAAUCCAUCAGAGGCUCACUGCUGAAAGCAUUCAGCGUCGAAUGGACCGGAAAGUGGGCUACACCGACCUAGUCUCGAACCUAAUAGAUCCGAAACACAACCUCGAAAGGUAUGAGAUCGACGGCAACAGCUCCAUACUUAUUUUGGCCGGCAAUGAAAGCACCACCAACGCCCUCAGCGCCACUACGUACUAUCUGACACAGAACCCCGAAGCAAAGGCGCAGGUUACCAAAGAGGUUCGAAGCACCUUCUCCAGUGCAGACCAGAUCACCGCGAUCAGCGUAAAUCAGCUCAAGUUCCUACCGGUGUGUUUCACUGAAGCUAUGCGAAUAUUCCCUCCCGCGCCAGCUGUGUUUUCCCGCCGUGUCCCAAAGGAGGGGGCAUAUAUUGCAGGACAUUGGAUUCCGGGAGGCACGCACGUUGGCAUGUGCCAUUUUGCUACGAAUAACUCGAGAACCAACUUCAAGGAUCCGCAGAAAUACGUCCCCGAACGUUGGUUGGGUGAUCCUGAGUACAAAGACGAUGAUCGCGUGGCAAUGCAGGCAUUCAGUGUCGGGCCGCGGAACUGUCUUGGCCAGAACCUGGCGAAAUUGGAGCUGCGCCUUUUGCUGUCUCGUUUUAUAUGGGAGUUUGACUGGGAGUUAGACCCGGCCUCGGCGGAUUGGGACAAGGACAUCCCGGCCUAUAUUACUUGGGGUAUGAAGCCACUGAAGCUUCAUCUGACGCCUGUCGUUCGCUGA